AUGGUGGCACGGAAAAGUGAAAUUAGUCAUUUCGUUGCCAAAGAAAAUGUUAGCACCUUACCAGCGAUAGAUGCAACAGAAAAAAAAUUGCCAAAAAUCUCUGGCACUAAAGUAAUUGAAGGGAAGCAAAAACCAAUUUGCACAGAGGUAAAAUCAACUGUACCUAAACUUGAAUUGAAACCAAAAGGACAUCAUGAAAAGAUUCAGAUGCCUCAGUCAUCAAAACCAGGUGUUCUUAAGUCUGGAUCAGUAAAGGAAACUCCUAUAACAAUAUCACAUGCAAGCAAAAUGGAGAAAAUUUCAUCUGAAAGUUCUGAUACUAAAAUGGCCAAAGAAAAACAGACAUCUGUUCCAAAACAGGUUAAAGCAUCAGUGCCCAGUUCUGAAUUAAAAUCUGCUGCACUGCACAAAAAAGAAGAGGUGGAAUCUUCCUCCAAAAAGAAAACUGAAACUAAGUCUGAUACUGUUGAGGAGAAAGCAAAUAUGUCAUUGAUGAAAGAUCUCAGCACAGAUUCUGUAGACAGAGUUGAAAACAACUCAGUUACACAAACCACAGAAGUUUCUGAGAAGCUUGAUAAUAUUUCUCUAACAGUAAGACCACCCGUUUUGUCACCAUCAGAACAGAGAAAACCACAAACUAGUGAAAAAGAAAUAAUUAAACAGAAGAAUGGCUCAAAGGAGCAAAGAGAGAAAGAAGACAAGACCGAGAGUCAAAUGCCAGCUCCCAUUAAAGAAGAUUCUUUGAGUGUAACUGUAGGCUCAAAAGAUCCAGAGUUAAUUUCUUCUCUGGCAAUUCUGAAUGUUAUCUCUACAAGCAAAAUAGAUAAUAAGGGGAUGCCUUCGGUUAAGGAAGGGGGUAGUUCAGAAAUAAGUACAUCAGAAACUCCUGUUGUCUGUUCAGAGGACGUUUCACAUAAAGUCGUGCCGGAGGUGUCUGCUAAGAAAAUUGAAACAGAGCUAGGUGCUACUAUGAAAGAACGGCAAAUAACAGGGUCUUCAGUGUCAAGCUGGAAACCAGUUGCUUCAAAAGGGGUUUCUGAUCUUCAUGAGUUAACUGAGACAGAAAGAGUGGAGAAGCUUCUGCCCAAGUUAGAGGAAGACAAGUUAGUUCCAGAUAGGGUGAGGGGUGAAGCAACAAAGCCUGCAACAAAUCUUGCAGCUCUCAAGGGAAAGCCACACACUUCCAAAGAAACAGAAUAUGCUCAAGCGACAAACACGGCAGCUGUUGAGGACAGAAAGAAGACCAAAACUGAAGACGUUUGUGGUGGUCAAGAGAAAUCGGUGAAGAUGUCAGAGGACUUAACGGCCGUGUUGUCUUCAAAGGAGUCUUUGAAUAAAGAGAGAUUGAAGGAUGCUCCAGAGAAAGUUAAAGUUGAAACUAAAUUAGAGGAAAAGAAAGAUGAAAGAAGUAAAAUAGAAGAGACAGUGUUGAAAACAAAGGAAGAUGACAAUGUCUCAAAGUCUGAUGAGAAAUCUGCUGAAACAAAGUAUGAUGACAAAGUAGAUUUUAAGUUAAGACAUGCUGAGGUUAAACAUUCAGCAUCUGGCUCACUUACGGUAAAUACAGACGUCUGUGUUACUAAAGAUAAGAAGCAGACCACAAAUGAGACUGAGACGAUAGCCAUGACAAAGAAUGAAAAAGCAGAUGUAGUGAAAGGUAAACCUAGUGUGUUGAAGGUAUUUGCAGGGAAAAAGUUUCUACAGGAAAGUGUUGUGACUGAAAAAAGUGAUGAAAAAGAAGAUACUGAUUCUCAUGAAACAAGUGAUGGCUUGAAAGUUGUUGACAAACAUGAGGAAGUCACCACAGGUGAUGAAAAGGCUAUAGAAAUGUUAAAACCUUCACCUGAAGCUUCUGUUGUAGUUGAGAAAGCUGAGGGUAAGCGUUUUCUGUUGGACAAUGUGCCAAAAGUUGAUACUGAAGAAAAACUGAAGCACUCUGAAAAAACCCUAAAAAAGGUUGUAAGCUUAGAGGAGGCUUUGCCACCAGAUGAAGGUCAAGAAAAGAAAGCAGAUUCAUACGUAAAGGAUUCCAAGUUGGCGGGUGAAGAGAAAUUGACAGAUACUUCAGUUUUGAAAGAUACAGAGAGCACUGGUAAGCAAGUAGACACAGCAGUAACAAAGUCUGAUUCAUCACUUGAACACAGUGGAAGCAAAGCAGAUAAGUCUGGGAAGAAGUCAGUCAGUGAGAAGGAAAUUACUCGAGAAGAAUCACUUGAUCGAGCACAGUUGGCCAAAAAUAAAAAAGGCUUUGUACAAACUAAUGAGCCUGUGAGUAGGAAACAGGGAGACGAUAAAUUGGGGAAGAAACCAGCUGAUGAGAAGGAAGGUGCUCAACAACUUGUACCUCAUCAUAUUUCUGAAAAUAAACAGAAAGAGGAUAAAUUAGCAAAGGUAUUGGUGGACCAGAAGGGAUAUUCUCAGGAACUCGGACCGGAACAACCCACUGAAAAUAAACAGGAAGAGGAUAAGCCAGAAAAGAAACCAGUUGACAAGAAAAAAUGUGACCAAGAACUCAGGCCAGAUCGCACCACUGAAAAUAAACAGGAAGAGAAGGACAAAUUGGGAAAGAAACUAGUUGACAAGAAGGAAAUUAAUCAAGAACUCAAAGAUCAGGCUAUUGAAAAUAAACAGGAAGACGAUAAGCCAGCAAAGAAACCAGCUGACAAGAAGAAAGGUGACAAAGAAGUCGGACCAGAUCAGAUCAGUGAUGACAAACAGGAAGAGGGGGGCAAAUCGAUAAAGGAACUAGUCGGCAAAGAGGAAGUUAGUCAAAGACCAGUUCAGGCUACUAAAGAUAAACAGCAAGGUGACAGGUCAGUAAAGAAACCAGUUGACAAGAAAAAAGGCGACCAAGAGAUCAGACCUGGUCAAGCCACUGAAAAUAAACAGGAAGAGGAGGACAAAUUGGAAAAGAAACCGGUUGAAAAGAGAGAAUUUAGUCAAGAACUCGGAGAAGAUCAGGCUACUGGAACAGAAAGGCUAGAGGGUAAGUCAGGAAAGAAACCAGCUGACAACAAGAAAGGCAACCAAGAACUCGUGGCAGAUCAUAUCCCUGAAAAUAAACAUGAAGGGAAGGACAAAUCUACAAAGAAACCAAUUGACAAGGAGGAAGUCAUUCAAGAACUCGGAGAAAAUCACACUACUGAAAGUGAACAAAAAGAGAAUACAUCAGUAAAGAAACCAGUUGACAAGAAAAAAGGUGAACAAGAUCUCAGGCCAGAUCAGAUCACUGAAAAUAAACAGGAAGAGGAGGACAAAUCUAUAAAGAAACCAUUUGACAAGGAGGAAGUUAGUCAUGAACUUGAACAAGAUCAGGCAACUGAAAAUAAGCAGCAAGUGGGUGAGUCAGUGAAGAAACCAGUUGAUAAGAAAAAAUGUGACCAAGAACUCGAAGUUGAUCACACCACUGAAAGUAAACAGGAAGAGGAGGACACAUUGGGAAAGAAAACAGUUGACAAGAAGGAAAUUAGUCAAGAACUCGGACAAAAUCAGACAAAUGAAAAUAAACAGCUAGAGGAUAAGUUGGUAAAGAAACCAGUUGACAAGGAAAAAAGUGACCAGAAACUCAGACCAGAUCAGAUCAGUGAAAAUAAAUGGGAAGAGGCGGCCAAGUCGAUAAAGAGACCCCUUGACGAGGAAGAAGGUAGUGAAGCACUCAGACCAGAUCAGGUUACUGAAAGUAAACAGGAGGAAGAGGAGAAAUUGAGAAAGAAAUCAGUCGACAAGGAGGAAGAUAGUCAAGAAGCCAAACCUGAUCAGGCUGCUGUGAAUAAACCGCAAGAGGAAAAGUCAAUAAAAAAACCAGUAGACAAGAAAAAAGGUGACCGAGAACUCAGACCAGGUCAGACCACCGAAAAGAAACAGGACGAGCAGGAAAAAUUGAGAAAGAGGCCAGUUCACAAGGCAGAAUUUAGUCAAGAGCUCAGACAAAGUGAUGCUAUUGAAAAUAGACAGGAAGAGAAUAAAAAAGUAAAGAAACAGCUUGGCAGGAAAAAAGGUGAACAGGAGCUUGGACCAGAUCAGACCACAGAAAAGAAGCGAGAAGAGGAGGACAAAUCGGGAAAGAAACCAGUUGAAAAGAAGGAAGGUAGUCAAGAAUUCAGACAAUAUCAGGCUACUGAAAAUAAACAGGAAGAAGCAAAGUCAGUAAAGAAACCACUUGACAGGAAAAAAGGUGACCAAGAACUUGGACCACAUCAAGCUACUGAAAAUAAACAAGAGGAGGAAGAGAAAAUGAAAAAGAAAGCAGUUGACAAGAAGGAAAUUAGUCAAUUAAGACGAGAUCAGGCUACUGAAAAUGAACAGGAGGAGAACAAGUCACCAAAGAAACCACUUGAAGGGAAAAGAGGUGACCGUAAACUCAGACCAGAUCAGACCACUGAACACGUACAGGAAGAGGCUGACGAAUCAGGAAAGAAACUGGUUGACAAUAAGGAAGUUAGUCAAGAACUAGAACAAGAUCAGGCUACUGAAAAGAUACUGGAAGAGGGUAAGUCAGGAAAGAAACGAGUUGACAAGAAAAAUAAUGACCAAGAACUAAUACCAGAUGAGAGCAAUGAGAAUAAAAAGGAAGAGGAGGACAAAUUAAUAAAGAAAUCAGUUGACAAACAGAAAGUUGGUCAAAAACUCAGACGGGAUCAGGCUACUGAAAACAAACAGGAAGAAGAUAUGUCAGGAAAGAAACCAAUUGACAAGAAGGAAAAUGCCCGAGACUUUGUAUUAAAUAAGGCUGCUGAAAAUAAAAAAGCUACUGCAGACAGUCAUGCAUCUCUGAGUAGUCAAAAAGAAGGGGAGGGCAAGUCAGGGAAAAAACCUCUUGACAAGGAAGAAAUUGCUCGAGAACUUGAACCAGCUCAAUCUGUCAAAAUUAAAAAAUCCACUGGAGAUAUUGAUGUAUCUUUGGAUAGUUCACAGGAAGGGGGGACACCUGCGAUUUCUCUCAGCAGAACUGAAGCUCACGAUGCGAAAAGUAAGUCCGUGAAAACAAUUCCCGCAAAAGAUGUGGAAAUCCAAGAGCAGGCAAAGAAGCUUAUUAUUGAGGCAGACAAACAGGUUGCUGCUGUGGAUUCUGAUGGCAAUAUCUCCAUUUCUGUUUCAAAGGUCAGUGCUCCAGAAGUCCAGGCACUUGAAAAAUCUGAAACUGGGCGGAGCUCUUCACCGACAAAAUCAUCUCUAAAACGUAGAAGAGAUAGAUCUCACAGUGAACCAAUAGACAAGGAUAGUAUAGGUGAUGAUGAGAAGCCAAGUGCAAAACUGUUGAAGACAGACAGUUCAGCAUCACAAGAGAAAAUAAUCUUGAGAGUGAGAACGCAAAGUCUCUCUUCUGACGGAGACAGCAGAAAAUCACCCGUGGACACAGCCACAUAUUCUCCAAAAUCUGCAGCAAGUACAGGGAACAAAAGUGCUGAAGAACCUACAGUUCCGAAGCUGACAAUAAAAAUACCGAAAGCCGACGAUACUGUGGCAAGUCUGAAAAUGGAGAAGAGUGAAAGGAGCAGUCCGAAACAUCAAAAACAGGUGGAUCUGGAAACUGUUCAUAGUGAGCUAUCUGCUGAAGAAAGUAAGAGAGGGAAAGUAGCGUUAAAGAUAAGUAUACCAGCAGAAAAACCAUCUGAAGAAUGCAGGCAGUCACCAAAAUUAGAGAAACUAACCAUUAAGAUACCUAAGCAAGGAGAAGGAAAACAUUCUGAACCGUAUAUUGACUCACCCAGAUCAAGAGAGGAAGGGAGGGUGGAAAAAUUGACAUUGAAAAAGGUGAAAGGUCACUUUUCACCUGUUACAAAAGAUGAUAGUCUGCAAGGAGAAUCUAAAACUGAAAAAAUUCACAAAAAGGUGCCAAAAAGUGAUGGGGCCAAUGUAUCAUUUGCAGAGGAAGAGAGUAAGGAAGUGGGAACUAAUGAUGGCGGACUGCUGCUACAAAUUGCGAAAGUAGCAGAUGUGAAGCAGACGAGUAGUAAUCUUCCAGAAGCAUCAGUUGAGGGAGAACCGAAGGUGGAAAAGUUAACACCGAAAGUAACGACUGAGGCAAAAAUGUUGGAAGCUACCAAUACUGAUGCUACUGCAAAAGAAAUAGUUAAAACAGAAAAAGUAAUUACAAAACCCUUGAAGUCAGCUGAUAGCAUAGCAAUUGAAGCAACAGCAGAAACUGAAGAACCCCAAGUAGACAAACCCUCAUCGAAAACAAGAAAAGCGGCACAAGCAUGUCCCACAGUUUUGGCAACAGAGACAAAAGACGAAAUUGCAAUAGAAAAACCCUCGCAAAAAAUGUUGAAACUGAGAGAAACCUCUGCAUCUCCUGCAGCAGAAAUGGAAGAAGGAAGGAAAAUGGAGAAAUUGACUCUGAAGUUCUCUAAAGACUUGGAAAGCAAGAGCAGCUUUAGAGUUUCCUCUCCUGUUCCAAAGGAAGAUGGAGGAAAAAUUGAGAAACUCUCACCAAAAGUGACAAGAGCAUCAGAGACAAGUGCGACUUCUAGUGCUCAGAAGCGGCACGAGACUGACGUGCAGCACGGAAGUUCUGAUAGGAAUAAGCGUCCAAAAUUACAGACGCGCAGUGAAGCUACACUGGUUAAAGACUCUGAAAGACAAGAAGAAAUGCAUGUUGAGAAUUUACCAUUAAAAGGCAGAGGAGCCUCUGGGGCAAGUACUGCCAAAGGCAAACAGCCACUGGUGCAAAAGGACUCUCCCAAGAAGGAAAAUGUCACUGCUCAUCCGGCAUCGCCACAUAAGGUGAAGGACAAACAUACAAAAUUAAGUACAGAAGCUGAAACUACUGGAGACGACAAAGGGACGAAGCUGCUGUCAGCUGCUGUAAAAAUAGAGGAGUCAGUUACAGAAAUUUCUGUGGCAACUUCAUCUUCCAAAGAAUGUGAAGAACAUGAAGAAACUUCAGAAAAGCUGCCUACAAAUUUGGAAGCACCAGUUGAAGAAAGUGGAAAGCACGAGCUCCCAUCAUUCGAGGAAAUUGAAGGAGGAAAUCUAGAGGACACGAGGGAGCCAGAAGAUCUUUUGACACUGAUUUCUAAACAAGAAUCUGAACAUACCCUAAUGUCACAGUUACCGGUCAUAAUAGAUGUCAGAAGUGAACAGGAAACGGGAUCACUGUCAUCUAUCGAUGACGUGCAAAGUAUUGGAAGACUUUCAGAUUCACAAGAUUUUGAUGUCAUAGAAUCUGAAGAAAUCGUACGAGGCACAAACAAACAGAAGGGAACAGAAGUUUCAGAAACAAAAGAGCGUCAGGGCUCCAGAGCCGGAAUGGGCGACAGCCGUGUACACGAAUCGUCAGCCCGCAAGAGAAGUGUGUCACCUCUGCAGUCUAUCCUCAAAGAAGCACUUGCAAGAGAACAACCUGUUACAUCGGUAGCUCAUUCUGAACGAUCUAAAGCUACCCUUGUGAAGAGUGAAAGAGUAAGUACUUCUGCCCCAGAAAGAAAAGUGGCAAAGGAACAGGUUCCAGCUAAAGGGACAAAGAUGGCAGUAGAAGUCAGUAAAUCGAUGCAUGUCAGCAGUGCAGCUAGCUGUGAGAUAAAGAGUGGUGAUGGCACACAUUCUAAACUGGAAAUUUUCGAAGUUAAGAGUGGAGCGCUCCAUAAUCGAGAUAGGGUAGCUGCCAGACAGAAACGGGCGAGCUCGGGUGAGCAGAUACUAGAGCGGGAAGUGAGAGUGCAAAAGCUUAACCCGAAGCAAAAAGCUCUUCUGUCUCCAAAGCAGCAGAAGAGUGCUUCAGCGAUGGAACUCGGUGACUCCACAUCCUCGAGAGCUGAACACUCCAGCAAUCUUGAGAAAAUGGCACCGAGACUGCCAACGGCAGAUAUACCCAAGUUGCUGAAGAUACCAGGAAGACAGAAGAGACUCACCGGUUCUUUGUUAUCAUCACCACCGCCAGCAAACCAAAAUCAGCAAUCUACUGUGAAAGUGAUAGAACUGGGUGAUAUCAAUGACGGUGAGUCACCAUCGACCAGGAAAAAGAGAGAGUCUGAUGUGGAGAGUAUAGAAACCAUACGCACAACCACUCCUAUAGCCAGGAAGCUCUCGCGCUCGUCUAGGUCCUCUGUCGAAUCUGUUGAAGACACCUCUCCUAGUAAGAAGUUGCGCGUGGAAACAGAAGCAGGCUCACCGCCUCCCGCCAGCUCAGCUCCCCACAAACGACAGUCCCUGUCGCCGGCAGCGGCACAUGUGCCUGUGAAGAGGCAGCGGGGAUCCUCCGGACCUUCUGGCGACACUCCAGAUGAGCCCCUGGAAGUGGUCCCUCCUGCUGCAGGUGUGGAACGCCUCCGCGCUGUACUGGGUCCUGACAUGUCCAUCAGUCUGGCAGGCCAUAGGACACCCACGCACGACGAGUCGUCUGGUGCUUCGUCUGAGGAUGUACAGAUAAUAGAGGUGGUGGAAAGGCAGCCGCCCAAACCACCCCAACCGCCCCCAGUUGAUGCCUUUGAUGACAAUAGCUCACAGGAUGUGAUCAUUGUCGAAGAGGUGGGCACACCAAUGCCACCAGCUCGUAUGCCAGAAAUGCCGACACGUGGUGGUAAGAGAAUGAGAGGCCGACCUCGGCGAAUGAGUGUGCAGCCCACGAGCCCCGUCUCGCGCCACCACGAGGAGGCGGUGCCGCCACCUGCCCAGCAAGUCGCAGAUCCCGGCUUGACGGCAUCCGGAAGGCCAAAAAGGUCGUGCCGUGGCCGUGAACUUCCUUUUGUCGAAAAGAAGAAGACUCGUGCUAGAGGUGGCGGUCGCAGACGCAGAGGUGACACACUUACAGAUCAUCGUCCAGGUGGCCUGUCUGAGUUUGCACGCAGCUUCUCUGGGUCUCUCUCUCCAACCAGCAUCUCCGGUGCUAUUCCACACGAAAUGUUACCACAGCCGGCGAAGAAGAGCUUCACGUUGGGUGACAAGUCUCCUUCCGGGCUAUCCAGGUCAGGUGCUAUUCCACAAGAAACGUUGCCGGAGCCGGUGAAGAAGAGCUUUGCAUUAGGCGAGAAGUCUCCUCCCACACUACCCAGAUCCAGUGCUAUUGCACAUGAAGCGUUACCAGAGCUGGGGAAGAAGAGCUUCGCAUUGGGCGAGAAGUCACCUCCUGCGCUACUCAGGUCGCCUCCUGGCCUGCUGUCUCCUCCGAGGGUGAAGUCCCCCGAACCCAAGUCACUCCCAUCGAAGCACCAGAAGGCAGGGCCAGGAAAGAAGUCUGCCGCCACUGCUAGACGAGCGUCACUGGUGGCUGCAGAAAAGGAGGCACUACCAGCAGAUUCUGAAGCAGUUACCGAAACGACUCGAAGAAGGUCAACAGAGACGAGGGAAAUGCAGCCUGCGGACGGAGAGCCGACUGCGGCAACCUCGGAUGUGAUCGUCGAACCUCGCACCCCUGAGCCUACUGGCGAACCUACGGCAACUGCACAGAGUGUAUCUCUUGUACCAUCAGGACCACCAUCACCGAUGCAGGCUCCACCGAUGGCAAGUGAGCCUCCAUCACCGUGCCCUGCUCCAAGUACAGUGCAGGUGUUCGAAGAAGAGACGCGCAUGAGUGCCGAGGGUGCAGUGGUUGGGAGAAUGGCAGAGCCUGAGAGUGCAGAAGGCAGUCGGGCUCAGUCUCCGGUGCAGAUUCCUGACAAGAUCCCUGUGGCCAAGACACCAGGUGCGGAAGGAGUUGGUGAAGAAUCUCAGGGCAGUGUGAUCAGCACAGCGACAACUGAAAGUGUGAAAAAGAAGAAUCGUAUGGAGGUGUGUGACGCAGAAAUCAAGGUGUUCACAGUGGAUCAGAUAGCAGAGUACCAGUGGCCAGAAAAGUCUGGCGAUCACUUGAUGAUUCAAGAGCAAAUCUCAGAGUACCUCGGUAUAAAGUCAUUCAAGCGAAAAUAUCCUGACCUUCAGCGACGUCCCAUAGAUGCCGAAGAGAAGACCUACCUUCGUGACAAAGGGCUUGUCUCCGAAAACAUGUGUGACAUGGGUCUAACAGCAGUACUCUCGUCAGAAGUGUUGGAUAUCAUGUACACAGAUUUCCAGGACAAGUACGAAGAGUAUCGCCGAUAUCUCCGCGAUCGCCAGGCAAAGGAACUUAGCUCUAGGCAGAAAGCAAUGUCCUCUCUUGUAGGUACCGGGAAUCGGCAACAGGACACCAAGGAGAAAGCUGUCCAGUCUGCAGCCGAAUGGAAUGCCACAUUCAAUCGCGGUCGCCGCGACCAGCGCCGUUGCUGCUUUGAUCUGCAGACGUUCACCAUCCACUACCCGCAUAAUCGUGCAGUGAAAAUGGUUCCGAAGGAUGUUCCCAAAAUUGGAUAUUACCCAGUCGCGCUCAUUCCUGGACAGUAUACUGAUUAUUAUAAGAGCUAUACACCUGCGGAGCUCCGCUACUUCCCUCUCAACACGGUGCUGUACGGUCCACUGAAGCCCAACGAACGACACCAGGAGCCUCUGCCAGGCUCUGGCGGUGGCGGCUCAGAUGGGAGCCAGUCCGACUCCGACGAUUCCAGCUCCUCUUCAGAUUCAAGUAGCAGCUCUUCGAGUGACGGGAGCCAGGAUUCGGACGACAGUGGAUCUGAAGCCGGUGAUGUGGUAGACCGGACGGACGAUAAGAAACCUGCAGUGUCGGACGAUAAUGCCGGCGGCGGCACGCCUACAGUCAACGGGACCGUCAUCAAGGUCGAAGAUGCGGCAGAGCUGAGGGACGCGACUGCCCGGUGCAAAGUGUGUGGCGGCGACCGCAACCGCAAUAUCAAGACGGGCCGGCCGGAGCCUCUGGUCCACUGUGCGAGCUGCACACAGAGCGGUCACACGACCUGCCUCAACCUCACCGUGGACAUGGUGCCUCACAUUCGUCGCUACGACUGGCAGUGCACUGACUGCAAGAUAUGCAUCCAGUGCAAGGACCCUGCCGAUGAGGAUAAGAUGCUCUUCUGUGACAUGUGCGACCGUGGGUAUCACAUUUACUGUGUGGGGCUACGGCGUGUGCCGAGUGGACGCUGGCAUUGCAAGGAGUGCUCCAUCUGUGGCUCUUGUGGAGCACUGACUCCUGCUGGCAAUGUCGACCCGACUACCACAAACAACGGCUCCAGUGCUUCUGUAAUAGUGAAUCCACAGUGGCAGCACGAGUACAAGAAAGGAGAGAAAGGCACUAGAGUCUAUGCCCAGACACUUUGUGUCCCAUGCUCCAAGCUGUGGCACAAGGGGCGUUACUGCCAGCUGUGCUGCCGGUGCUUCAACAACCGCCCGGAGGAAGAGCCGGGGCUCAUCUGCUGCUCCGUCUGCCAGAAGUGGAUGCACGCUGAGUGCUGUAAUGUAGUGCCCCGUGAAGCGAGCCGCAUAACAAGUUUCCUGUGCGAGAUGUGCCAGGAGAAAGGCCAUGCGGGACGCGCCCGCUCCCCGUCGCUCGUCAAGAUUCCCCACCCGGGACAGCCAUCCUCGGGGCCAGCCCUCUUGCUGGCAGCACCUCUGCGAGCCUGCUGAUAGGCAGAGGACAGUGUCGUAUCUCCUAGAGGCACUAGUUUACCCGAAUGUAGUGUGCCACGGCAUCCAUCUGUAUGACCAGGUCUUUGUAUCUUUCCGUGAGAUCUACACUGUAGCCAAUGUCACUUUCUUUUUUGUUGUGUGUGCAGAACAAGUGUACUGCCAUCUGAUUUAAGAAAAUGCCUACAAGCUUUAGCACAGUUUUCUCAUCUGUUCCGUAAAGUGUUUUUUCUAUAAGAGUGCUAUCCACUGCCCAUCCUGUACUCAAAUUCUGGUCAGUUC